CAGGAAACGGGUCUAUCUGAGCAAGACCUCCAGACGCUUCGAUCCUUCGUAAUGCUCGAGACGGCUGAAGCGGGCACUUUUCGCCCAGCCUCGGAACUGUACUUUCCUGACGCUUAUCUGAAGACAUCAAGCAACAAAGUCGCAUCCUCCGAAGAUGCGACUUCUACAAGAACGGUUCUUGUAGAACGAAACGCUGCUGCUGCAGCCACGACUUCUCUUCCCACUAUGGAAGCGGUCUUUUCUCGCUCUAGCGCCGCUCCGAAGCUUUUUCUUCACCCAACGAAAUACCUCGCAGCUGGUGGGUCGACCACGUGGUCCACUAGUACGUUGUUGACGACCGUGUUGGAACAGGUGGGUGUAAGUCGGCUUCUCCGAGUCGAGAGAGACACCAUGCUGCUGGACACGGCAGUUUUGAAACAUCCGGAAAUGCGCGUAGAGAAGUUGCUAGAACACCUGGAUCGGCAUCGCUACUCCAUCCAAUUCGACGCCGAAGCAACGCAGAGAUUCCUCCUCUCCCCGUCCACCUGCCCCGAGUUUUUUGUCACAGAUCCGGUGUUUGGGACGGUGCCUCUAGACCUUGUAUUCAAUAAAAACCGCGGUGCUUCAUCAACAUCAACAUCGUCUUCCUCUACUUUAUCUACAACUACCGGGAAGGGGAACAACAUCAAGCAC